AUGGAGGAGGCGGGCGCGGCCGAGCUGCUCGAGUCGAUGGUCAACCCCGACACUAUCCCCUUCCCCAUGGGAGCUACCAUACGCCACUCCUACCACACCACGCUGGAGAACUCCGUCGCACACUGCACCAUCACGGCUAACGAGGGCGACGAGGUCAGUUACAACCAGGCCCUCGACAUCCAAAAGGAGAUCACCACGGCCAAGGACUCCGCCUGCAAGUUCCUUGACAAGCCCAACGACUACGUCAACCAACUACGCCCAUAA